AAUUUAAGCAUGAUUUAGGUUCAGCUCAGCUUAGAUGUGCAUUUACCAUAGGUAUUACUAUUAGGUAAGUAUUUAAUGUGUGUCUGAAUUUCAGCUAAACACAAUACUGUCCUAAGUUAAAUACAAUGUGUCAAAUGUCUUGAUUAUCAGUCAGUACAUAAGUGAAAUCAAGUUUGCAUCGGAAAAACAAAGAUACACUCAGUUGCUCCGUCCUGCCACUGCUAGCAAUUGGCAUGAGAAACACUAGGAUGAAUAUCAUCCCUCAGCCCAAUCAGGAUGGUGAUGGUGAUGCUAUUUCUAACAUAAAACAUGUGGAAUUGAAGUCUAUUAUGUCUUCCAUAGAGAACAUUAAAGCUUUGAUCAACAAUCCUGGGAGCGUUUCAGGGAAUGGGAAUGGGUCAUUUUAUCUUAACAUCCAAAACGUAAACGUGCAUCAUCCUGGGUAUGGGAAUGGGAGUCUUGCCCAAUUCCAAUCUCCAAUGGGGCCACCAUCUCCACUGAAGCCUCCUUCUGCAUAUGGUCACAAGAGGGCUGUGUUAUUCGGAAUCCAUUAUGGUAACACGGCAGCGCCGAGGCUUAAAGGUUCUGUGAAUAAUGCUCAGUGCAUGAAAGACUUUUUGAUUAACAAGUUGAGUUUCCCUAGUAAUUCCAUUUGGAUGUUCACAGAUGAUUCAGCGGAGAAAAAUGCAAUCCCAACAAAACACAACAUGCGAGUGGCAAUGAAGUGGUUGGUUGAGGAUUGCCAACCAGGGGACUCCUUGGUGUUUUACUUCUCUGGACACGGAGCAAGGGUGAAAGACCAUAAUAGGGAUGAACUUGAUGGGUGUGAUGAAGCAAUCUGCCCUGUCGAUUAUGAAGAUGAGGGGAAGAUUCGCGAUGAUGAAAUCAACGCUGCAAUUGUUAGGCAUCUGCCUCAUGGUGCCAAACUUCAUGCUCUUGUUGAUGCAUCCUUUAGUGGGACAAUUCUUGACUUGCCAUUUGUGUACACCAAGAUGAACUGGAUUGGUUCUUCUGGAUGGAAAGAUCAUAGACACCACAGAGGUGGCAUCAAAGGCUCAAAAGGAGGGCUAGCGGUGUGUAUUUCAGCCUGUGGUGACAAUGGAAUUUCAGCAGAUAAGUCGCUUGCUAGAUGCCAUGCGCUCUACAAUCUAUUCAACUAAAGCAGGAAAGUCUGUAAGGGACACUUUGCAGCAGUAUGCUCAUGUAUCACAUUAGUUACCCUAUACUCUUAUUAAUGUAUCUAUACUAAUAUGAAGCUGAUUCAGAAUGGAUUUUUGUUUGCAGGAGCCACAACUGUCGUCUUCAGAAAAGUUUAAUAUGAAUUCCAAGUUGAUUCUAAUGUGACAACUGCUAGUAGCACUUGGAAAAGGAAAAUGGAUGCGAGUUGGGAGGGCUUAAUUCUCUGUAUAUAAGCUCAGGAUGUGGAGCAGACAUAGAACUUUUCCUUAUCUAUCGUUUAAAGACAUGAGUAAAAAUUGGAGCAUUGUUUUUUGACAGGAAAUUGAAGAUUUUUUAUCUCA